CACACUGCCUGCUUGACACACGUGUGUAAUAAAUAAAUUUUCAAAGAUAAAUAUACUACAAUCAAAAGUCUUCUAAUUUUUUUUUAAAGAGAAAUUAGAAAUAUUAAUCUUUUAAGUUGUCCAAAAAAAGAAGUUUUAAUAAUGGCAACAAACUUAGAUUAUGUAAAAUUGAGCAAUGAAUUCGUUCAACAUUAUUAUAAUCAAUUUGAUGAUCCUGCAAAGAGACCAAAUUUAACGAACAUGUACGAUCCAACUAAUUCUCUCAUGACAUUUGAAGGUGCACAAAUUCAAGGUUCUGCGAAAAUUAUGGAAAAAAUUAAUAGUUUAUCGUUUAAUAGAAUCAAUCGAAUUGUAACUACUAUUGAUUCUCAACCAAUGCCUGAUGGUAGUAUUUUGAUCAAUGUUGUCGGAAGAUUGAAGGCCGAUGAUGAUCCACCUCAUUCUUUCUCUCAAGUAUUUGUCUUAAAAUCAUAUGGAAAUAACUUUUACUGUCAACAUGACAUCUUCCGCCUUGAUAUUCACGACUCAGCAUAAUGAAAAAUAAACUUUUUCAUUCUUUUUUUUUUUGUUUUUGUUGUUGCCGAAAUAUAAAAUUAGUAUUAAACUAAUUUUAUAAACAAAUAAGUGAGCUUCUCAGGUUAAUUAUUUCUAUCAUAUAAUAACGAUUCUAUAGACACAGUAUAUUUGGGAAAGAAUAGUUUUCACAUUUUUUAAAAUGCUAAUUAUCAAAUAAAUUUUGUAAGCUUUAUAAAUAUAAAUAAUAUAACGCUUAAAUAAUCAUUCACAUUAGAUUAAAUAAGUUUUGUACACAAAGCGAACAUUAUAAUUAUACAAAUCACAAAAAAUUGUCUCUUUAAGAGCAAAAUACUUUUUUAAUUUAACACAGA